CCGCACAUGCUCAGAGUAAUUCUAAGUGAGUUUAUAUGUUAUAUAUAUUUGCGUCUUUUAUUCCCACUCGUGGUAUGAGGGGUCAGCCGCUGCAGGCUGUGCAGACCACACGAGCCCCCCCUCCUGACCACCACCACAGCCGCGCUCCUCCACCCUGAUCCUCUUAAACUGACGGAGGCUUCCCCGCUGCUGCGCACGGCUCGCACGCAGACGGGACUGAGGUUUUUCUUCAUCUGCUCACGACAAGUUCAGCAGCUGCGACGGAAGGAAGCGAGGUUCAGACGCAUGGUUCAAAGAAACAAGCGCAUCAGAAGCUUCGCUCAGGAGGGAUGCUCACUGAGUGAGGACAGGAUUCCCGAGCCCGGAGAGAACUUGACGGGAAACACGAGUGAUCCUGGGAUUUUCCUGAAUGGGAAAGUCUCGCGCUCUCAUGAAAUCCUCAUAAAUCAUAGUUCAUCUCCUCCGGCCGCCUUUUUGCCUAACCAAAUGCCACUCUAAUGCUCACAGGUGGGGUUAAAAGCCCCCUGUUUGGCUUGAAAUCUCCGUGACGCCCCUGUGGAGGAUUUCUCUGGCGGUUCGUCCCCGAGGAGCGCAGCACAGCCGCUGAGAUGGACCGACACACUGCGCCAUGCGUCACCGCCAACCUGACAGGAUACUAACCGUCAUUUAUUUAAGACAACGUUCACAUUUUCAGAGUGAUUUAAGGUUUUUUUUUCUCCCCCGUAGCCAUUUUCAGUAAACUUUUGCUCCGCGGUCCUCCUCGUCUCUUUCGCCGUCACUCGGAUUUCCAUGAAGCGACCCAUCGGGUGAUUAUUGCUACUUUCUUUGGGGGAUCUUGCUGUGGGUGCAGCGGGACAUCAUGUGGACGCCGACAGAGGACGAGAAAAUUGGAGUGGUCAUCUGCAACUUCCGAGGCUCAGUGACUCAGGGUUUGGCUCUGGAGGUGGGGGAGACUGUUCAGAUCCUGGAGAAAUGCGAAGGAUGGUACCGAGGGUUCUCAACGAGGAAGCCAAAUGCCAAGGGAGUUUUUCCCGCUAGCUACGUUCACUUGAAGAAAGCCAUCGUCACCAACAGAGGGCCACAUGAGACUGUGGUGCCUCUGGAAGACCCCAUUGUCACUGAGGUCACGUCAACACUGCAGGAAUGGGCCUUACUGUGGAAGCAGCUCUAUGUGAAACACAAGGUGGAUCUGUUCUACAAGGUUCGCCACGUGAUGAUGGAGCUGAUAGACCUGAGAAGGCAGCUGCUGUCUGGUCACCUGACACAAGACCAGAGCAGAGACGUCAAGAGACACAUCACCGUCAGACUCGACUGGGGCAACGAACACCUCGGUCUGGACCUGGUGCCGAGAAAGGAGUUUGAGAUGGUUGAUGAAGACCAGAUCAGCGUGUCAGAUCUUUAUAAGAUGCAUCUUUCUAGCAGACACAGCGUACAGCAGAGCACCACACAGGGCGACAACGCCCGGCAGAGACAUGGGGAACCGUGUAGAGUUCCAGUACCUCAUCACCUGCUGGUCAACCUGAAGAGCUUCACCUACAACAGCAUAGGCGAGGACACGGACAUAUUCUUCUCCCUGUACGACCUGAGAGAGGGAAAGACCCUCAGUGAGAAGUUCAUGGUGAGACUGAACAAGAACGGAGGUCCAAAGAAUCCAGAGAAGGUGGACCGGCUCUGUGCCCUCUUCACGGAUCUGAGUAACAAAGACAUGAAGAGAGAUCUCUAUAUUGUCUCACAAGUUAUCAGGACAGGUCGAAUGCUGCUGAAUGACAGUAAGAAGGGUCCUCCGCACAUUCAGUACCGUCGACCGUAUGGCUGUGCAGUCCUGGCCAUGAGCGAUGUGCUGCAGACCAUCUCAGAGCUCAAAGAGGAGAAAGAUUUUGUCCUUAAAGUGUACACGUGUAACAAUGAGAAUGAAUGGUACCAGAUCCAUGAGAACAUCAUCCGCAAGUCCAGCACCAAAUACACGGCACCCAGCACCAACUACGGGCUGAUCAUCUCCCUGCAGCUGCUGCGGGGCGACAUGGAGCAGGUCCGCAGAGAAAACCCGCUCAUUUUCAGCAGGGGGGUGGCCAUCACACGCAAACUGGGAUUCCCAGAUGUCAUCAUGCCCGGUGACAUCCGUAACGACCUGUACCUGACACUGGAGCGAGGAGAUUUUGAGAGGGGAGGGAAAAGCGUUCAGAAGAACAUCGAGGUGACCAUAUAUGUGCUGUACGCCGACGGAGAAAUCCUCAAGGACUGCAUCAGUCUGGGAUCAGGUGAGCCCAACGUGCCAGAGCACCGCUCCUUUGUGCUCUACCAUAACAACAGCCCGCGAUGGAGCGAGGUGAUCAAACUGCCGAUUCCCAUUGACCGUUUCAGAGGGUCCCACCUGCGCUUCGAGUUCAGACACUGCUCCACAAAGGACAAAGGAGAGAAAAAGCUGUUUGGUUUUGCCUUUACUCCUCUAAUGAGAGAGGAUGGAACUACUCUCUCUGAUGAGAGCCACGAGCUGUAUGUCUACAAGUGUGAUGAAAACACGACCUUCAGUAACCACGCCCUCUACCUGGGGCUGCCAUGCUGUAAGGAGGACUUCAACAGCUGUCCCAACAUCCCCUCCAGCCUCAUUUUCCAGCGCAGCAUGAAAGAGACCUUCUGGAUUUCCACACAGCUCUCCUCCACCAAGCUCACCCAGAACGUGGACCUCUUGGCCCUGCUUAAGUGGAAGGCCCAUCCCGACCGGGUCAUGGACAUCCUUGGACGGCUUCGGCAUGUCAGCGGAGAAGAGAUCGUCAAGUUUCUUCAAGACAUUCUGGACACCUUGUUCUCCAUCUUGGAUGACAACACAGACAAAUAUGGGCCGCUGGUGUUUCAGUCACUGGUGUUCAUCAUAAACCUGCUCAGGGACAGUAAAUAUUACCACUUCAGGCCGGUGAUGGACACUUACAUCCAGAAGCACUUUGCUGGAGCGUUAGCUUACAAAGAGCUGAUCCGCUGUCUGAAGUGGUACAUGGAUCGCUCUGCUGAGGUGGUGAGGCAGGACCACAUACAGGAAGCCAUGAGGGCUUUGGAGUAUCUGUUCAAGUUCAUCAUCCAGUCUCGGAUCCUUUACUCUCGGGCCACGUGUGGCAUGGAGGAGGAGCAGUUUCGCACCAGCAUCCAAGAACUCUUUCAGUCGAUCCGCUUCGUCCUCAGCCUGGACAGCCGCAACUCCGAGACGCUCAUCUUCACUCAGGCUGCACUUUUGAACUCGUUCCCAGCCAUCUUUGAUGAGCUGCUGCAGAUGUUUACGGUGCAAGAGGUGGCCGAGUUUGUGCGCGGCACCCUGGGCAGCAUGCCGUCCACGGUGCACAUAGGACAGUCCAUGGAUGUGGUCAAGCUGCAGUCCAUAGCUCGGACUGUGGACAGCCAGCUCUUCUCUUUCCCAGAGUCUCGGAGGAUCCUACUUCCUGUGGUCCUCCAUCACAUCCACCUGCACUUGAGGCAACAGAAAGAGCUUCUCAUCUGCUCUGGAAUACUCAGCUCUAUAUUCUCGAUCAUCAAGACCAGCUCACUGGACACGUCGGUGCAGGAGGAGGUGGAGAUGAUGGUGGAGUCCCUGUUGGACGUCCUCCUGCAAACCCUGCUGUCAAUCAUGAGCAAGAGCCAAUCGCAGGAGGCGGUAAGGGGUCAACGCUGUCCGCAGUGCACCGCUGAGAUCACUGGAGAGUACGUGUCCUGCCUCCUGUCGCUUCUCCGUCAGAUGACAGAUAUCCACUUCCAGCACCUGAUGGAAAACUUUCAGAGCAAAGAUGAGCUGAAGGAGUUUCUGCUGAAGCUUCUGUGUGUGUUUAGAAAUCUGAUGAAGCUCAGCAUUUUCCCCCGAGACUGGAAUAUCAUGAGACUCCUCACCAGCAACAUCAUCCUGACCACAGUGCAGUACCUCUCUCCUGCUCUGCACAAGAACUUUACAGAAGCCGACUUUGACUUUAAGGUGUGGAAUUCCUACUUCAGCCUGGCGGUGCUCUACAUCAACCAGCCCAGUUUACAGUUGGAAAAUUUGAGUCCUGCUAAGAGGAAGAAGGUCUUAGACAAAUACGGGGACAUGAGAGUGAUGAUGACCUACGAGCUUUUCAGCAUGUGGCAGAAUCUGGGUGAGAAUAAGAUCCACUUCAUUCCCGGAAUGAUUGGUCCGUUCCUGGGAGUGACGCUGGUCCCGCAGGUGGAGGUGCGAAACAUCAUGAUCCCGAUUUUCCAUGACAUGAUGGACUGGGAGCAGCGCAAGAAUGGGAACUUCAAACAGGUGGAGGCUGAGCUGAUUGACAAGCUGGACAGUUUGGUGUCGGAGGGGAAAGGAGACGAGAACUACAGAGAGCUCUUCGGUUUGCUAACCCAGCUGUUUGGGCCUUACCCCAGCCUGCUGGAGAAGAUCGAGCAGGAGACGUGGAGAGAGACGGGCAUCUCCUUCGUUACCUCUGUCACACGACUGAUGGAGCGACUGCUCGACUACCGGGACUGUAUGAAGGGAGAUGAAACAGAAAACAAGAAGAUUGGCUGCACAGUUAACCUCCUGAACUUCUACAAGUCAGAGAUCAACAAGGAGGAGAUGUACAUCCGCUACAUCCACAAACUGUGUGACAUGCAUUUGCAGGCGGAGAACUACACAGAGGCCGCGUUCACCCUGCUGUUAUACUGGGAGCUGCUGCAGUGGGACGAGCGUCCUCUGAAGGAGUUCCUGCAUUAUCCUGCUCAGACCGAGUGGCACCGCAAGGAGGGGCUCUGCAGGAAAGUCAUCCACUACUUCAACAAGGGGAAGUGUUGGGAGUAUGGCAUUCCUCUGUGCAGGGAGCUGGCCUUCCAGUACGAAUCCCUGUACGACUACCAAAGUCUCAGCUGGAUACGGAAAAUGGAGGCAGCCUAUUACGACAACAUCAUGGAGCAGCAGCGCCUGGAGCCCGAGUUCUUCAGGGUCGGCUUCUACGGCAGGAAGUUCCCUUUCUUCCUCAGAAACAAAGAGUUCGUCUGCCGUGGUCAUGACUACGAAAGGUUAGAAGCCUUCCAGCAAAGGAUGCUGGGAGAAUUCCCGCAAGCCAUUGCAAUGCAGCACCCCAACCAACCAGACGAGGCCAUCCUGCAGUGUGACGCACAGUACCUGCAGAUCUACGCAGUAACGCCAGUGCCGGACAGCGUGACCGUCCUUCAGAUGGACCGUGUACCAGACCGCAUUAAGAGCUUCUAUCGAGUGAACAACGUUCGCCGCUUCCGUUACGACCGGCCCUUCCACAAAGGCCCCAAAGAUCGAGACAAUGAGUUCAAAAGUCUGUGGAUAGAAAGGACGACUCUCAUCCUCACCCACCCUCUGCCCGGGAUUUCCCGCUGGUUUGAGGUGGAGAAGAGAGAGCUGGUGGAGGUGAGCCCGUUAGAAAACGCCAUCUCUGUGGUGGAGAAUAAGAACCAGGAGCUGCGGACUUUGAUCAGCCAGUACCAACACAAGCAGCUGCACGGCAACAUCAACCUGCUCAGCAUGACGCUCAACGGGGUCAUCGACGCUGCUGUUAACGGAGGCAUCGCCAGAUACCAAGAGGCUUUCUUUGAUAAGGAGUACAUCACGAGCCACCCUGAAGACACUGAGAAGAUCACACAGCUUAAAGACCUGAUGCAGGAGCAGGUUCACAUCCUGGGAGUCGGUCUGGCUGUGCAUGAGAAGCUGGUGCACCCAGAAAUGCGUCCUCUGCACAAGAAGCUGAUAGAUCAGUUCCAGAUGAUGAGGAGCAGCCUCUGCCAUUGCUUCUAUGUGUCUCUGCAGGGUCUGCCUGGUUUAGACAAGUCCGGCUCAGGGCCCAACACACCCAGAGGAAUCCUGGCCACUCAUGGCCCCAUGAGCCCCGAGAGCUUCAAACUGAUGCACCGACACAGUCCCAUAGCUGUUCUGACUCCUGUGCGCAACUCCUCCUCCUCUCUCUCCUCUCACAACUCCAGUGAGAUGGGAAACGUUGGCAAUCUGCUGAUCCUGGCUGACGGCAUGGUGGUGGAACACCCCGAGGACUUCUACCGCAUGCAGGCGAGCCUGUCCUCCUCCAGUCUUAGCUCCACCCACUCUGCGCCUUCUCAGAUGAUAAACUCCGCCCCCUCAACCAUCAGAGUCGGCUCUCCGUCUCUGCCUGACAAAUACAGACACAACAGAGAGAUGCUGAUGCUGCUGCCGCCGCACAGAGACAGGCCGAGCAGCGCGAUGUACACCAACAUCACAGACAAUGGACAGCCACCAAACUUCCAGCGGGCUUUGUUCCACCAGGUGAUCGGUCCAUGCAAACCCUGCAGCGACCCAAACCUCUCUGUGGCUGAGAAAGUCCUGACCACUCCCAGUAGUUGGAGUUUGGACAGCGGUACCAGAGAAGCCCUCCCUUUCCUUUCCUCCCACGUUGGCAGUGUCAUGGCUCCACCUGUUCCACCACGCAACCUGCCUCAAGGGCAACACCUGUCGAUGCACUUUGACGCUUUCCACCACCAGGUCAGCGACCUCCCUCCAGCUCUCCCCGCGCGCUCUUUAAGAAAGUCUCCCCUGCACCCUAUACCUGCCUCGCCCACCAGUCCACAGUCCAUCCUGGAUGGCAGUAACUCCAACCUGUCAGGCAGCGCCAGCUCCGGAGUCUCCUCUCUCAGUGAGAGCAACUUUGGUGGCCCCGCCUCCUCCUCUGACCCCACCGCCAGCCGCACAGACACCCUGGAGUCCGUCCCCAGCAGCCAGGCUUGGACCACCGACCAGGAGGACCUUGACUCACCUUACCAGCCCGUCAGGUACAGCGUCUCCGAACCUGAAGUCCUGGACGGAGUCAAGCCCCCGCCCUGCCGCAGCCACUCUGCCCCGGGAGGCGUCACCCCGGCUCAGGCGGGGUCCCAAAUCCAGCCCCAGGCUCCGGGUUCGGCCUCCAUCGGAGUUCAACAAAUGCAGCAGCAGGAUGUGCUGCCAUACCCCCAACACCCCCACUACUACCACCAACUCCACCAUCACUUCCACCCACACUACAUCCCCCACCACCCGCCUCUCUACCACCUCCAUGAGCCUCCGGCGCUGCCCCCUAAACCCUACCUCCGAGAGGGCUGCAUCCCUGAAGAGGACUCCCUGAUCGGCCAGUCUGCAGCGCCUCCACCUCCCGCACCGCGGCCCAUGCCACGCAAGAUCUCCCAGCCCAUAAUCGCAGCCACCAAGGAUGAGCAGGCUAAAGUGGCGUGGGAGCACGGCAUCGGUGAGGAGUAGGACGCCUCCUCAUGGUUUGUAGAGACAGAUAACAAACUCUUCUCAAAAGAGAGAAAGAAAAGACAUGAGAGCGAGAGCCAAACUAAAAACUGGGUCAUGAAGUUGAGGGAAGCUCUGAUUCACCCCCAGCUGUCCUCCAGUUACCACUAAAGGUUUCAGUCUGCUCUCGCACACUCCAUCGGGCUAACGAGUCCUUGACCUCUGAGAUGUGUUUCCUUUAACCAAACAGUCCUCAUGUCACUGCAUCCUGAUUCUUUACUUCUUAUAUGUGCAGACGGGGGUUUAACCUGAGAAAAUGCUGCUCAGCUUUUUCACUAAAUUCAUGAUUACACCUGAAACAGAACCCGGGAUUUUACGAAGGGAUUUCUAGUCAAAAAAAAAAAAAAACCCUCGAAGAUUUAAAGGCAAACGGCACUUUAAAAACAUUUUUAUUUAUGUACAAAUAAAACCUAUAGACACAGAACGGUCAAAGCAGGGAUGUUAUACUGAAGGAUUGUUUAGAUCAGUGAUUCCUAAAGUGUGGGCCGCUGCCCCUUAGUGGGCUGUGAAGGUACUGCGGGGUGUCCUCCAGAGGCCAGAUUCCAUGAACCUCCAUGAUACAACAUUUUACAACAUCUGGAGUUUAUUUGUGUGGGAAUCUUCACAUAUCCUAAAAAACCUGUAAAAGGACAAACUGCAGGUUUGUGAAGGACUUUCCCUCCUCCCUCGCUGAGCAGACACAAUAAGCACAACAAGAAGUUAUUUCAUGAGAUUUCACGUUAUUGUCCGUGAUAUAUUCUUUUUAUACCCGUGUAUUUCCUUUCACUGCCCCGAUAAUUGACGUGUCACUUAAUCGCAUGUUUUCCUUUCUGCGUCACUGCAGAUUAACUAAGAAAGGAAAAUCAUUUCCUUUGUAUCCACUUCACCCAGUUAAGUAAUCUCCCUGUAUUUCAGUUUUUGUUAAAGCCAUUGGAUAAAAGCCAGACUUUAGGAAAGUGCCUGUCCUGCAGUGAACAAAAUGUGGGACACUGUCUCGAUGUGGGACGAGGGGACCAAAGGUCAGUCUCAUGUGGACUCCAGUUUAGCAGCUUUAAGUUUGGGAAUCACUGAUUUAGAUGAUUUAAAAAGAUGAAAACAAAAGGCCAAAAUUAAAGCAAAUAACUAAUGAUGAUUAUUUCUUUCACAUAAACAGCGGCUAUAAAGGCAUCGGUUAAAGAUACUUUUUGUAACGAUGUAAAUAAAAUGUUCACCACCAGGGGGCAGCGUUUGAACAAAAAGGUAAUACACCAAAGUACGGCCGGGACCUCGUUUGACUACGGUUGAUAUCUUAACAGAAAACACAGAUAGUUUUGGACAUAAAGUCAUGCUGGUAUUUAUAUUCUGUUAACUUUUGUUAAUCUUAGAAAACAGGAAGUUACAAAAAGUACCUUUAAGUUUUUUUUUAUGCAAACAGAGCGACGGCUUUCGAAGAUUUUCAGUCACUUUUUCCUGAAAUGUUGAAGAUAAACGACAGAGAUGAGAAGUGUUUAUAUUUAAGAGAGAAUGUAGAUACAUGUAAUACAGUAUAAAGAAGUAUAUGCAUAUAAUUUAUAUUCAGCCGUUAUACUUUUGAUUGAAGAAAUGUGCAGAUGGCUUUCUGAGCCAACAGUAGCCGCUUCAUCAGACGCGAUGUGCUCUUCACAACAGCUGAAGGUUUUAUUGCAGCUCCUGAAAACAGGAGCGAGGGAACGAUUGAUCUGAGGGUUUUUUAAAGCUGACGAUGCGUUCAGCGGAAGAACCUGUAAAUAUGUGCGAGGCGUCCGACUGCUGGUAUUUUUAGGGAUAUUAACUGAAGUAAAUCUACACCUUUUUUGGCAUUUUUUCUAUGAAAGUAAUGACUGUACAUUUUUUAAUCAGGGUACUGUUUUGUAUGCAUGUUCACUGAACAGAGACUGUGAGAUGAAGCACUGGAGAAAUACUGUACUGUGCACUGAUGUCUUUGUAGUCUAGGAAACUUUGAACACCAAGGAUGUUGAAUCAGCAGGAUUUAGUAGUAGACGUGUAAAAGUACUGCAAAGGGUCAUACUUUUGUAUUUUACUGUUUUGUUUUAAAUAUUCUUUUUACAUUUAGCACUCAGAUUGUGAGCAGACUGUCAUCCUGAUCACUUCGCCCCUUUUUUAGGUUGAACAGCCGUUAGCUCACGUAGCUAAAAUCCUGGUUGUGCUCUGCCUGGUGUCUGAUCAUCUUCUCACAUUUUGCAUGGUGAAGCUGAUCGUUGUGUUUGAGCUUUGUCCUGUUUUGGUUCCUCCUAAAGGUGCAGAAAACUCAGAAUCCUGAAUCAGUGUCAUAUUGUGUUGGUGACGAUGGCUGACAGCACUGUACUUUGUAGUUUUGAACUUAAGUCCAGCUAAAUUUAGAUUAAUCCAUUACAGAAAAUAGUCCCCAAAAUCUGUUUCCCCUGUGAGGCUAAAUAAUAAUAAUAACACUAUUUCUUUGCAAAGUGCUUUGACAGAAAGGCAAAAAUAGAAAAAUGCAUUUCAACAGGAAGCUGCACAUCGGGGCGAGGAGCGAGCUGGGACAAAUUAAAAGUUAAGACAGAAGAGAACAACGAUGAAAUAAAUCAAAUCAACAUUGUCUACAUAAAGGGCUGAAAGCAAAAAACCUACGUUAGAACAAUAAAAUAGGGGAUACAUGCAUAAGUAAAUAUAGGCAUCACAUAAAAAUAUGUCUAUGAAAAAGUGAGUCAGGUUGAGACAUUUUAGAUUUAAGGAUUAAUGACCUGAGUACGCGCUCUGCCUCGUAUGGCUUUGGCUGCUGUAGAGAAGCUGAAGGUUUGUUUUCAGUGAAACGAUGAGACUGCGUGUGUGAGCGCGUCUGCACAUUUACAACCGUCACAAACUUUACUUCAUCCAUUAAAUCAUUUUCAGGAGUUACUAAAGUCGACCAGUUCUGGAUGUUCUGACUCUGUCACACCAGGAUGCAUGUGCGCAGUAAACACAAACAUAGUUUUGUUUACAAAGAGCAGCCAGUCUAAAGAGACGGGCACUAAAGCAGCUUGUUUCAGACACAUUGCAGUAUUAUUUUUAACUAUGAGUCAUACAAAGCUGCUCUGGGAGAGUCCAAACAUGGACUCCAAAUAUAGAGCUGGAAAUGAGCAGAGCGGGUCCACUUUAAAUAUUCAGCUCCUGUAAUGUCAGUGAACGUGUGUGCUGCAUUCACUGACCCAGUAAGCCACAUGGAACAACAGCCAUCAUUCAGACAGUUCUUGCACAUGUGCAUUUCCUGCUGCGGCGCAUGGUGUGAGCUGUGUGAACAGUGAUACGGGCCCGCUGCUUGAUUUAUCCACCAUAAACAUACGAGUGAAGCAGUGAUGGUUAAAGAUGUUUAGUGGAAGUUUAGAGCUUGACUUUCAGUGGAGCUCUGCGUCCGAUGAGUGUUUCCAGUCACUUUAUUCCCCACUUAUAAAAGUUAAAGCCAUGAAACUGUCCUGUGGCUCACACAGACGCUGCACCACAGCCCAGACAGUUUGCAGCCUUUGUGAAACAACAUGAGAGAAAACUGCUGAAUUCAUGAAGUCGGGUGUUUGGUGAACCGAUGAUGUUACAGGUGAAUUAUGCAGCACGGCUCGAGUUACCUCCUUGAACCUUUCUGUUUUUAGAUUUUUAUCUUCACGUUUUAUUGGUUUCUUCUACUUUUAGUUAUAAAUGUCAUUUAAAAUAAUUUUAGUUCAUUUAUUCCCUGAAUGAUCGACUCUUUCAUCCUUGUGUGAAGAGUUCGAGUUGAUUGUUGCAGAUUGAGUCCUGUUGAAACUGAAACCCAUAUUAACACUCAGUGCAGCUGAUGGUGGAUUCAUGCGCUGUGUGUAUUUACAGCGAUAUAGAAAGUUGUUACAGACUCGCACUGACGCCUUUAUGUUUAUGCCAACAACAUAUAAUCUUACCUCUGUUUUAAACAGCUUUGAGUGCUCUCAAAGUUUUUCUCACAGCACAUUUGUCAUGCUUGUUGCCUUUGCAAAACAUGAAGAUUGAUAUUAAUAUGUUUAAGUUUAUACAAAGCCAGAUUUAGAAAUCACCUCAUUGCAUUUUCUUCCUGCAACCUUUACCUACAGUUCACAUAACGCACCGGAAGGUUGAAUUUUUUAUCACUUUUCUGUCAUUCUGUGUUGUUUAUCUGCAAAGCUCCUGAUGCAGUCGUGCCGACCCAUUUAUGUUUGAUCCUUCUGAGCCUACAAAGAGCUGUGAGCAGGGAUGCUGUAAAUAAAUGACACAGGCAGGUUAGAGAAGCUUUUCAGCAAUGAGAAACUGCAAUAAUGAAGAUGUGUGCUGUUACGGCAGUUUGUGAGAGAGUGUGUGUUAUAUCAGGAUCGAAUUACACCAGAGGGAGAGAGAGAAGUCACACACCAGUUUACUAAAGAAAAGUUCACAGCAGAAUUAAAUGUACAUUAUUUUCUCCUGAUUUUUAGUUCUGUUCAUCCUUUUAGAACAUUUUGAUAUCUGCCGUCUUUUAAAUAUAUCUGAGCUAAACUGAGAUUGUUGACAGCUACUGAGAAAUAAAGAAAAAGCAACAACCUAUUGAAGAUGUUUCAUGUGGGAACUAUUUUCUUUUCCCUGAACUAAACCUGCCAACCGAAUCACUCUGCAGGAGAAAAUGUGCCUUUGCAAGGCCCAAUCACAGUGUCCCACUCAGGAUCAGCCCUCACACAUUUAAAUGAUGUCCUCUAUGUUUGCAGCAAAAAUGUGAAUCAGCAUGUUGUCACAUAUUUACAUGCAUAUGCUGCAAUCACGCACGCAUAGAUUUUCUUUUGCCUUUUGUGUCGUUGCUCCUUUUGUCUUGUUGCGUUACAGUUUUAUUCUGGUGCUUUUGUUUCUUAUCCCGUUUGUUUUGUCCUGUGAGUGGACACUGGGAUUGAGUCUGUAUAUAAAGGAUGGCUGUAGCUUCCACGUCUGAAAAUUAAAACAAAGCUGGAAGUUGCGUUCUUUCCAGUGGCCACUAGGGGGCAACUGUUUGUCCUGCAAAAAAAGUCUGAGAAAACAACCCCCGCAGCUUGAACUAUGACCUCAGUAAAUAUUUACCUGAUGAGUCUCACUAGUGUCAGGACUUUAAUUUUAUCAGCUGUCGUUCUAUUGAAGACAAACGAGUAGAUAAAAGAGAUGUGUAAACGGUUACUACGGUUACCACAGUUAAAAUGACAUCUUUGAUUUUGCUGUGAACUCUUGCUUUAAACAAACGGUCCUGCACACUCGGUCUGCAGAGAUGAAGUGUUCAGAUUUCAGUGAAUCAAACUGGAAGCAGGUGAAGAUGAACUAUGCAAAUCAGAGGUUUGUUUGCAGGACGUUCAGUUCAUUCUUUUGUUCUUUGGCUUGAACGUGUCGGAUGGCAGGAAAAUUAAAAGUAGUUUGGUACUUUUUUAAAGAAAGUAAGUUUUGUGUGAAACUAAAACCACUGACCCCACCCAGUCUGUGUUUGCUUUAAAAGGAGGAACGUGGAGGGAAAUCCGACGGAGCUCACAGAGGAGACGGGUUGAUUUCUUUGUACAUAAACGAGGAGAGGGCAUAUUUAUCGCGGGCAUAGAGGGCAAACCUCGUAUACAUGUAGACUGUGGUCGUCUCGCCUUGUGUUUCCUGAUGUAAACCAGUUCAUUUUGUCAAAUUAUCCUGAUCAUUUCAGGGCAGCUGAGCAGACGUUUAUUAUGAUUUUGUGUAUUUUGCAUCAAUGACAAAUCUAGAUAGUUCCAACGAUGGCACUCCUUUGUAUGACGACGCUAAUAGUGUUUCUUGUAUAUAAAAGUCUUUGUUGUGUUAGCAUGGGUAUAAACUGUGACGUGUAUGAUGGUAGAUGUAAAUACUCACGUUUUUCCUACUCACUAAACAAACUGCUGUGUUGUGGAUUCAUGAUUAAUGACAAACAUUAAACGAUAAAGUUUUAUUGACUCAGA